AUGGACCGGAGUAAAGACCGGAGAGCGCGCAAGGCAGCGCGGACGCCGCGCCAUGCCAAGGGUUGGAAAUCUGCUCCAGAACCAGAAAUACACCUCAAGCGUCGAUUGCUUGAUAGGUACUGCACUUCACCUGAGGCAGUGGACGCUUUGCUGGGUUCUGUGGAUAUCACGGGAUGUGUUUCGGACAUGUGCGGUGGGCCCACCGACGCCGUGGCGGCCCGUCUUCGAUCCACGUGUGAAGUUCUCACGAACGACGUGAGCUCGGGGUAA